CUGGAAGACAGCGAGCGCCUGCAACAACAGACGACGCUGUUCUUGCAGACGAAAGAGAUUGACGACAAGAACAACUUUCUGUCGAGUUUGUUCCUUUGCAUACGACGGAGAAGAGGUCAAAGUGUAGGUACUUUAUAGAACGUGAUACCUGGUGGCAGGCGUUAGGAGUGUCGAACGGACAACUAGUCUUAUAGAAGAGAAAACAAGUUCGAGGGUUGCUUCGAGCAACUGAAAAGCAGACGACCGACGACGCACAUUCGAGACAGACGACAGCGAAGCGAAACGAACAAGAAACAUGCCGAGGGGCUUCCUGCUGCAGCGCUACACUCGCCACAACUCGGACGGUGAGGACAACCGCUCGGACUCGUCGUCUUCCUCGGACGACCACGACGACGUCGUCCGGUUCGCCUCCUCCCCGCCGGCAGCCGUUGUCAAGAGUUGCGAGUCGCUCCUACUUCGGGCCAGCGCUCUACUGCAGCCGGACCAUGCGUCUCCGCCGCAGUCUUCCCAGGAAGCGGCUAAGAGAAAAAAACUCUCUCCCGCGGGUCCACCGCCCCUCUUACACGGAAGCCCUCCACGGAAGAGCGCCAGCGUGGGCGCUCCCCACAAAAGCUCCUCCAAUGCGUCCCCUUCCCCGCACAACAACAAAGCCGGUGGAGGAAGCACCGGCGGGACGGCAAGCCCGAACGGCGGCGCCAAGUCGGCCGUGCGCCGUCUGCUCUUCGACGACGACACGCUGUCUCCGGUCUCCGGCACCUUCAUCCGGCCCUACAGCGACGAGGACGACCUGGAGCUGGACGAAGACCUCGACUACGACAUUCCGGCCGCGCUCAAUCCCGUGGUGGUGAGCGAGGAGGCGCGCGCCGAGCUCGCCAAAAUCGAGAACAAGAUCGGCGCCUACGUGUGCCGUCUUUGUCGCCAGCGGUUCGGCGACGCGUUCGGGCUCGCCCAGCACCGGUGCUCGCGCAUCGUGCACCUCGAGUACCGGUGCCCGGACUGCGCCAAGCUGUUCAACUGCCCGGCCAACCUGGCGUCGCACCGCCGCUGGCACCGGCCCAGGAACGAGACGGGCGGCAGUGCGUCGCCCUCGGCAGACUGCAAGCAGCAGCAGGGCUCGUCCACCUCGGACGAAGAGGCGGCAGGGCCGUACGCGUGCCCCGUCUGCCCCAAGAGGUUCCGCAGGCUCGCCUACCUCCGCAAGCACGCCAACGUUCACGCGCAGGCGGAGGCCACGUGAGAGUGGGGCGACUUUCUCACGUGCCUCGUCACCCUGCCUCAUCAGUCACCGUCCAAGGCAAGCCGGGAGCAAGCCGGUGUAGUGCGGCUCCGUCGCAAUCGUUGCGGUGUGGUCCCGAGACGACACCGGUGCUACCCUGGUGCUGCACUUGUGCUUCGGCGGAGUCAUUCAAAAGCCCAGACUUGUGCUGUCGGAACCGUGUACGGCUCUGCGUUGUUGAGAACGUUCCUGCAUCUGUGAGCCGAGGGUCUUGUUCGCAAGGCGUUCUAAAACGUAAUUUUAGAACGGCUGUUCCCGAAGCCUCGAACUAGCACACGUGUUAUAGGGAGAAGCUUAUCCUUACAAGUUAAAGACAGCAAAGGUGAAAAAAACAAGCAGGAAAAAAAGCACGCAGCGCCAUGCUGCACAUUACGCAGAGCGCGAAUCCUCUAGUUCUUCCGAAAUAAUCUUAAUUAAACUAUAACAUCAUGGACUGGCCAGUGUUAACGAAAACGCCCCUCUUGGUCUCACGUUGAUUUUGCCUUGUUAAGCGGGAUAGAGAUUGUACGGCGUGGCAUCCAAUAUGAGGUGUGAUGCGUUUAAAAGACGGCCUGCUCUCCGGUGGUUGCCACGUUUUGGAACCUGGCAGUACCUGGAGGAAACCGUGGGAACUCGUUCGGUGCGCACGUUAGUACUGGAAUCGGAAGCUCAUUCACACCUCGUGUCUCCUGCAUUAUAUCUCCCUUGCGUCCUCGUGUAUAAUUAACUAUUGCUCGGAAGGCCACGGUAAAAAAAAAUGCGAGCAUUGUUCAUACCGUGCGAGUUUCGAGGCGUGACGCGAUGCAAGCUUUCAAGCUAAAACUUUGCGACUUUUGCGGGGGACAGCCGGAGUUGGAUAGUAUAUCGAUCCGGCUUCACACUGGCGCUUUCAUCACUCCAGAUAUUCGUUUUAUGACUUCCUUGCUGAAAGCGUUGAUGUUUAAGCGGAAUAGCGAGGCUGGACUUGGAGCUUCGCCAAGAGAGCCGGGCUGUUUCGCGGGGCACCGGCCAUCCUCGGCACCGUCCUGGCACCUCAGCUAUACCGCAGAGCGGCGUUGGUUGCAUUUUCACAUAUUUAUAUACACUCGCACUGCAUCUAUAGUGUGCAUUGCUGAGCGGCGCGCUCAGAGAUAUAGAUAGAUAGAGGGAUAGUGAGGUGGCAUUCUUUGUCUACAUACAGAGUGAUGGCUAGUCGAUCCAAAUGUGCUAUAUAAACAGAGUGCAACAUUCCUUAAAAGGCAUUUAACGUAAUAUGCUGCUAUUUUAAUUUCGUUGUCGCUGAUUAUGCGUCGUCCGUUGUUGCUGUCACACGUGUGUUCUCCGAAUCACUCAAUUCUUCUCUUUGGGCUCUCCCGACACCUUGCACUGUCACCGAUUGUAUCGCGUUCCGGAGGAGGUUCCUUCCCGCUAGUGAAAUGUUACCAGAGAGAAAAAGCUAGUAUAAAUUGUAUCUCUCUCUCGGUUCUUUUUUCCUUCCCACUCUCUCGCAUUUCCAGCAGGCAAGUAUCGGGACUGCACUUGCUGACGUUGUUGCUCGCAUGUUGUAGUAAGGCAAAUUAACACCGCGAAUCACAGCAGACGCUGUGUUUCGAUGAUUGCAUUUCAACCCCAACACUCCUUCCCCAUCUCUCUUCCUGAUAAGAAAGAAAGAAAGAAAGAAAGAAGGAAAGAAAGAAAGAAAGAAAGAAAGAAAGAAAGAAAGAAAGAAAGAAAGAAAGAAAGAAAGAAAGAAAGAAAGAAAGAAAGAAAGAAAGAAAGAAGAUCUUAAUUGCAAAAAAUUACGACAACAAAAGCAAGCAGAGGGACUCACGUCUGUCUAAAAUCCCACGAAACGUAAGUGAAAGUUUGACCUCGCA